AUGCCCGCGCCGACGGUCGCCGCCGCCGCCGCCCUCGGCGUCGCGCGCGCGCCGACCGCGCGAGACGCCGCCGCCGCGCGCCGCCGCGCGAGCGCGACGCGGCCUCGUCGUUCGCGCGUCGUCGCGCGUCGAUCGCAGCCUCGCGCGACGACGACGACGACGACGACGACGACGCCUCUCCGCGCGCUGCCGGACGACGCCGCCGACGCCGCCGCGGACGCGCUCGCGUCGAAGAUCGACGGCAUGGACGCGGACGCGCGCGCCUCGGUCGUGCCCAUCCUCGACGACGUCCUCGCCGCGGUCGCGUCCGGCGACGCGUUCGCGUACGUCCCCGCCGCGACGACGACGGCGACGACGGACGACGCGAGCGCGAGCGCGAGCGCGACCGGCGUCGUCAAACGCGUUCGCGCGCCGGGGGAGGUCGAGCGGUUCGAGAACGCUCAACGGUCGAGCGUUUUCUCUCAGAUCGGGUUCGAGCGCUGGGGCGGCGGCGUCGGCGUCGCCGCGCUGCAGCGCACGCUCGGGAUGUACAACAACCAGAUCGACGCGGACGUCCUCGACGAGGGUGCGAAAUUGAAAUUGCGCAUUUCACCCGCCGCCCCUCGGUUUCAACGGUUUCAACGUUUCGCGAUCAACGGUUUCAACGUUCGAUCAACGGUUUCAACGUUCGAUCAACGGUUUCAACGUUCGAUCGCGUCGACGUUCAACUGA